AUGGUGUACUUGAAGCCAACUAGAUCACUUCGAGAAGCAGCGGAAAAAGCUGCUAAAUCAGUGGAUAUCCAUGUACGGGCCGCGUCUUCUUCAUCCAGCAAAUGCUCCGGUAAGAACAGUAAUGAUCCUUCUUGUCAGAAACCUGUUAGUGAAAAUGCAGUGGUCAUUGCAGUUAGUGUAGUGGUACCGAUUGUGGUGAUUUGUAUGGUUUUAGGAUACUUUUGGUAUCGUAAUUAUCGGAAGUAUAAGAAGGAAGAAUUAGAUCAAGAUCCAGACUUUUUUGAGAAUGGCGAAGCAACUGCUCUCCCAGAUCUUAGCAAACAAUACGAAUUGGAGAAUCCAUUUGAAGCAGAUGAUACUGCUAAAUUCCCUCGUCCUCGUCCAGGUUCAAGAGCUGUAUAUGGCUCCAAUGGCCACAACCAUUCGGAGGUCUCUUUACCUCAAUCGUAUACUAACGAAAAACGGUUUGAUUCAUUUGUUCUUCCGUAUUCAAAUCAAACAGCUUCCAAGGCAGAUCUUGAUGAGUUUGCAAGACAUAUUGGAGUAACCGAUAGAGCCUCAACAUUAUAUUUGGAUAGCAGAAACUCUAGCGUGACCAAUCUAGACGGUGGUGCUGCUAGCUCUUACAUUUCUCCUACAAAGAAGAACCACAAGCACAACCAAUUACCUUCUCCGACGGUGAUGACUUCUCCAAGUCCUAAAAAGAAACCUAGAGACUAUGCUCAUUUGCCUAAUCUGUCCGAAACAGCUUUAGCCUUAGGAUCUGCACCUGUUGUGGAACGUCUAGCAGAUGAUGGUGAUUCUUCAUCAUCUUCAACCAAUGACUUUGAUAUUAAAUAUGAGAAUAACAACUCUCGAUCUGCCUUGGUUGAAGAACGCGAUGAUGAUACCGCGACUUCAUCAAGAGUGGUUAGUGACAAGACCAAAAUGGAGACUGAGACAACUUUGAACACUACAAUGGAGUCUCCUUUCGUUGAGUCCAAGGACAUCAACAAUAGAAAUGAUAACGAAAAUAACCAUGAUAACGACAAAACAGUAACAGCAAAGAAAUCUGUGAGAAUAUCAGAUUUUAAUAUGCUUUUAAAUGAUAGCUCUGCAGCUGAACUCUCUAACAUGGAUCCUGAGGAGGAGGAAGUGCUUGCCCAACAAGAAGAAGAAGUCAAGAGAAUGAAAUCCAUAUAUCAAGUGUAUUUUGACAGAAAUAAGUCAAUGAAGGUCAACAAUAAGGAAAAUAACAAUAGUAAUGAUGUUGAAAAUCACCCUCCCAUGCCACAAAUCGUCUUACCUGAAGAAGCUGGUGAGGAUUCUUCAUCAUUAACACCAAACGAAGAAGAUCCUGAUGGUCAUUUGAAAAUCAACAAGGAGCUCAAAGCAAAUAAUGAUUAUGAAAAAAGAUUCACCACUGCAUCCUCCAUUUAUACGGAGAAUGUGCUUUUCAACGCUGAUGAAGGUAAUAAUACACAAUAUCCUCACCAGCAACAAUUUGAGUACCAAAACUACAACCAAUAUCCUGUUUAUGAUCAAUACGGACAACCUAUUCAAUAUCAAUAUCAACUUGAUCCUAAUUAUCCGGUUCAGAGUGACCAAUAUGGUCAAGAAUAUAUUCCACCUUCGGAAUUACCUCCAUUACAAAAGCUUAAGAAUGCCUCUGACAUUAGAAAAUCAACUCUUCAGACUUACACUGAUUUUGAACCUCAUUUGAAAGGGUCUGCAUUGGUAGGUCAAAAGUCUGCAUUUGAUCCUGUCACUCAACCGGAAGUAUGGUCAUCUCCAGCCAUAAGUCAGGAGACAUUCGCUAAACCAAAUGAAUCUGUGGCCAGCUUGCCAUCUUCAUCAUUAGGUACUACCCCAUCAGCAUCUCAAUUGGCAAGACAAUCGGUUGUCAUGACUAACCCCACAGCCAUUCCCAAAAAGACCAAGUUUAGACCAGCAGGACGAAUCAAUGUUCCAGCCCCAGUACAACAAGCAUACGGUAGUCCUUAUCAGCAGCAUCAGUUCGAUGGUAGUAACGAACAAUUUCUAGAUGUGACAGGUUCAGACAGUGACCUUAUACCUGGUAACAGAAAGAGUGAUAUUAGAAGGAUGAUGAACUCAAGUUUUUGA